CUUUCACUUGAAAAAAGAGAAACACUCUUGAACGCUUUCAAGCAACUUAAACAAACUAUUUUAUGGAAAUUUGAAAGUGACAUUGAAGACUUGCCUAAAAAUGUUAUCGUACGUAAAUGGUUGCCUCAAAACGACGUAAUUGCACAUCCAAAUGUUGUUUUGUUCAUUGGACAUGGGGAGCUCUAAGCACUCAAGAAGCUCUGUACCAUGGAGUUCCAAUAAUUGGAGUACCGUUUUUCUUCGACCAACUCAUCAAUGUUAAAGCCUUGCAGCAAAGACAUCGUGGUGGUCUACUGGAUUACAAAACAAUGACUACUGAAAAAAUCGUUACCACUAUUCAAGAAAUUAUUAAUAAUCCAAUUUACAAGAAGAACGUUAAACAAGUGUCAGAAAGAUUCAAAAGUUUACCUAUGAAGCCUUUGGAUGCAGCAGUUCAUUGGGUGGAAUACUCACUAAGACAUAACGGAACAUCUUUCCUAAAUCUUAAAUCUCGUCACAUGAGCUUUUUGCAAUAUACUUGUUUAGACGUGGUUUUAUUUUUGAUUGGCAUUAUCGUUACAAUUUGUUGGAUUUUUGUACUCUCUCUACAAAAAAUUCUAAAUUUGUUAUGUAAAAAAUCAAUUCAAAAAAUCAAACGUGAAUAAAAAUUUGUAAAUUAAAUUAAGAAAAAUUAUUAGGCUUUUUUGGACUUAGCGAUUAAUAAGUACAAUACAUGUAUCCCAUAAAAAUUGUUUCCUAUUAUCACUCAACUGGAAUAAUUAGUACUUUUUGAUCAAGAACAUCAUGGACUACUAUAAGAAUAUUAUAAUAUAACAGAUAUAAUAUAAAUUAUAUUUAAAUACACAACUAUUCAAUUUAUUCUUUAAACCAGAAAAAUAAAAAAAAAUCUCUGAAGUUAUCAGUUAACUUAUCAUCGGUACUUAUCAAAUAAUAAAAGUCAUUCGAGUUAAAACUUUUGUUUUGCCGGUGGCCAAACAGCAUAUGUAAUUGUCAAACACAAGAUUGUACUUGUACUACUUGUAAAUAAAUUAUCUACUAUUAUUUAACUCUCUAAUUUUGAUUAUAACUUAUGCAGUCGCAUCGUGAACGUCGGAUCAGAAUGACACGAUUAUUUUUAGUAUUGUUACUCAUCAGCGUCGUAUACAGUGCGAACAUUUUCUUUUACAGUCCGGCUUGUUCAAAAAGUCAUUAUAUUUGGAAUUACGCUCUAGUUAGUGGAUUGAUUGCUCGAGGACACAAUGUAACAUUUUUCGAUGCCUUUUCGAAACAAAUGCCCGAAACUGAUUUGUAUCAUCCUGUGGAUUAUAAACAUUUUAAUAUAGAAGGAGAUCCAGAAAAAUUUCCAAAAUCAAAUCUGGUCCUACAAAUUCCACAUUUCAUGGUAUUAAUGGGACAAUUGUGUGAUUUAGUUUACAAAUCUGAAAAUCUGGACUCAAUCUUAAAAAACAAAGAUAAAUACAAAUUCGACCUCGUCAUUACUGACAUCACGAGUGUACCAUGUGGAAUAGCUCCACUUCAUGCCUUCCCUGACAUCCCAAUUGUAGGAGUAACAGCAUUUUUGUUACCUCCCGAGUUUUCACACGUGUUCGGCAACAAUUUACAACCGGCAUAUAUUCCACAAUACUUCUCCGACGUGACUGAUGACAUGAGUUUUACUGACAGAGUUUACAAUUUUUUGGCUACGUACGGAGCUGAGUUUGGGUAUUAUUACUAUUGGAACGAGUUUGAGGAGGCGGCCAAGAAUAAAUACGGACUGGAGCACGCACCAUACAUGAAAAAUAUUGAUAGAAUCUCCUUAUUGUUGGCCAACACUCAUCCGUUGUUGGAUUAUCCCCAGCCCAUGCCUCCAAACAUUAUACCAGUUGGGGGACUUCAUGCUAAACCAGCAAAAAAGCUUCCAAAGGAUUUACAAAAAAUUUUGGACGACUCAGAAGACGGAAUAAUCAUAUUUUCAUUGGGUACAAACGUGAUAUCUGACAAACUUUCACCCGAAAAAAGAAAAACUCUUUUGGAUGCAUUCAAGCAACUGAAACAGAAUGUUUUAUGGAAAUUCGAGAGUGACAUCCAGAACUUACCCAAAAAUGUCAUCGUGCGUAAAUGGUUACCUCAAAACGAUUUGCUUGCCCAUCCAAACGUUGUGCUGUUCAUUGGACAUGGAGGAGCUUUAAGCACCCAGGAAGCCUUGUACCACGGUGUUCCAGUCAUUGGAGUGCCAUUUAUCUUCGACCAAAUUAUCAACAUUAAAGCUUUACAGCAAAAACAACGCGGUGCUUUACUAGAUUACAACACAAUGACUACCGAAAAAAUUGUUGAAACUAUUCGAGAAGUUAUUAAUAAUCCUAUAUACAAGAAGAAUGUUAAGGAAGUUUCAGAAAGAUUCAAAAGCCUGCCAUUGAAGCCAUUUGACGCAGCAGUUCAGUGGGUGGAGUUCUCUUUAAAACACAAUGGAACAUCGUUCUUCAUCUUAAAUCUCGCCACAUGAGUUUCUUACAAUACACUUGUUUAGACGUAGUUUUAUUUUUGAUUGGUGUUGUUAUUGCAAUUUGUUGUAUCCUUGCGUUUUUAGUACGCAAAAUUUUAAAUUUAUUUUCUAAUAAAUCAAUUCAAAAGAAGAAAUAUGAU